GCGGUGGAGCCACCUUCAGGGAAAGACUCAAAGGGACUGUAGCUUUUUUACUACCGUCACCUGCCAAGAUGAAGCUGCUGUCACUGUGUCUGGGGCUGACUCUAGUCUGGGCACAUGAGGAAGGAAACCAUGAGGUUGUGACAAGCAACUUUGAUGUCCCAAAGAUUUCAGGGGAAUGGUAUACCAUUCUCUUGGGCUCAGACGUCAAAAAAAGGAUAGAAGAAAAUAGUGUCAUGAGGAUAUUUAUGGAACAUAUCCAAGGCUGGGAUAACUCUUCUCUGACGUUUAAAUUUCAUGUAAAAAUAGAUGGAGAGUGCAUUGAUAUUUCUGGGCUUUGUGACCAGGCAGCAGAGGAUGGUGUAUAUAAUGUUAUCUAUGCUGGAUUCGAUACAUUUCGAAUAGUUGAAGUCGUCUAUAGUGACUAUAUUAUUUUUCAUCUCAUUAGUUUCAACAAUGAGCAAACAUUCCAAAUGAUGGCACUCUUUGCCCGAGAACCAGAUGUGAGUCCGAAACUCAAGAAAAAGUUUGUGGAAAUUUGCCAAAAAUAUGGAAUUACUGAGGAAAACAUAGUUGAUCUGACCAAAGUUGAUCGCUGUCUCCACGCCCGAGGGAGGCAACUGUCCCAGGCAUCCAGUGCUAAGUGAAUGUUUCAUCACCUGAGCUCCAGGAUCACCCCUUCCAUGGUCCCCACGUCAUCUUGUGACAAGUUCUGUGACCUGAUGGCCAUCACUAUCUCACAUGAAAGCAUUAUCUCUGCAUCUUCAGGAUCUUCCCUCAGUUUCUAGCAAGACUCAUUAACUCGCCAAGAAUCAAGGGUUUUCUCCAAAUUUCUGAUUCUCUGUGGUAUACCCAGGAGAACUUGCCAUAAAUAAGACCUUCUUCUACCUUGUCAAUAAAUUAUUUUUCUUGCA